AUGUAUGUUUUUGGAAUGUUGGAGGCAGUGGUGGUUCUAGACCAAUUUUAUGAGGGAGACCGGUUUGGCGGCAGGGGUUUCACACACACACAAAAUAACUAUAUUGAUUUAUUCAUUGUAUUAGUUAAUUGUGUUUUCUAAUUGUAUUCAGGACAUUCUUUCAUUGUAUUUUAAAGCCUGACCAGGGCCCAAGACAGCAAAUUAGCUGAUGCUAGACAUCUUCUAUUCAUCACAUAGUCCUAUUUUUAAACGCAACAAAGAGCAGUGGAGAGGAGUACACAACAUUUCAGCAACCUAAAUCACAUUUAUGAUAAUAGGCUACUCUUGCGGGCUUGCUUGGUUUUGUGUUGUGGUGUGGUUAGCUCAACUAAUGUUAGCUAAAAGCCUGCAAUUAACUGACAUUAACGCCUGGUCCGACAGGCUGCUAUUAUAAUUCAUGAAGUUGGCUAACAAUAAGUUUUUUUACCAGAAUUAUUUCCUGUAUGGAUCAUAGUAAUUGUUUCUUGGUUCUGCUCGCCUCUUGCCAGGGGGAUAGUAACUUUGUGCUGGGGUUUUCAACAAAACACAUUAAAGGAUCUUAUGAGAAUAUUGACCUUGAGCAACGUGCAUGAGUUCCGCCUUUUGUGUUGAUGCAAGAUCACAAUUGUAAUAUUUACAGUACGUACAGUAGCGCCAGGAGAAGUGGACAUGCCUACCAGCACGUUCUACAUGCGGUUAUUACCCAUCAGUCGUAAUAAGUGCGUAGUUCUUGCACAUGAGCUGCUGAUGCUGCUGUCUUACUACAUACAGUACUGUGUAGUGACUUUAUGGAUGGGGUCGCCACAGGGUGCCCCCCCCCCCCUAGAACUGCCACUGAGGAACCAAGGGGCAAGAGUACCACACAAGCCCAGGGAAAACGUGCAUACCCUGCCGAGAUUCAAACAACCCUCGACGCUCUGGGCAGUUUGUCUCUCCUCUCUUUUCAGUUGCCUUUACUUUGUCAUGUGCAUUCGCUCCUCACACAUGCCUAUGUAUGUAUACACGCACACGUUAUGGAAAGGGGAAGGGGUGGAGUUGCGUUGAGUAUUUCAACUAGUGUUGGAGAAACCUGCCUGUCCGCUCAGAGCUGAGGAGGCGGCGCUUGUGGGGCGUGGGACUCCAGACAAAGAAGACACACUCAGUCAUACGCGUACACGCACAGCGCUCACACACGCACGACUGGAGUUGGACAGCUGGAAACAAUCUUCAACUCCUGGGUCUACUUUUUCUUUUUUUUCACCCCCUGGCUAACAAGGUUGUCAAAAAAAAGGGGGAGCUGUGUGUUUUCCAGCUGUGGAUCCAUAAGUUGUGUUACCAUAUGUUGCGCGUAAAAGUGUGCGCGUGUUAGCGUGCUUGGGAUGGCAAAGAGGGGCUGGCUUUGCUCUUAGCUCUCCGCCAUGGGGGGUUGCCAUAGUUACCCCACCGCCACCAAAGGGGACGGCAACGCUCCUCCCGACGUCUGUGAUGGCAAACUGGGAAUCAACAACAACAUCCUGGAAGCGCGUCCGUACCUCCAGCAGGAGUACGCGUGCCAGCACAUCAACCACAUGGACAUGUGCGCCCUCACGUCGCUGCCGCCUGGCGUGGACAAGGCCGAGUGGCUGGCCAGCAACACGGUAUCAUUUUUCAAGCACAUAAACCUGUUCUCCAGCGCGCUGUCCGAGUUCUGCACCCCCAGCACCUGCCCGAUCGCCAGUGGACCAGGCGACACAGUUUAUGUUUGGACUGACGACCAUGGCAGGAAGCUGAAGUGCUCCGCUCCUCUCUACUUUGACUAUGCCAUGUCCUACAUUCAGGACCUGCUCACAGAUGAAGAGGUGUUCCCCACAAAAGCUGGCUCAGUGUUCCCCACCGGCUUCAUCUUCCUGGUGCAGAAGGUGUUUUUGUUGCUGUUCAGGACUCUGGCACACGUCUACUGGUCCCACUUCCGGCAGACGCACGCGCUGGGUCUGCACCCGCACCUCAACACGCUCUUCACGCACCUGACGCUCUUUUGCCGGCAGCAUGCGCUCCUGGACGCCGAGGACACCGAACCACUGCAAGACCUCAUCUCGGCUCUGGGACUGCAAGGAGGAACCUAAGACAAGAAAUGACAUGAAGGUUUGCUUUGAAAAGCCGUGCCUUGGUCCACAGUAUCAGGCUCCAAAUAGCUUAUGUCAAGAUUGAAAUUUUGCUGGUCAUUAAAAAGCCAAGACAUUAUUUAAUUGAGGAAAAAACACAGAGAAUCAACAGACGUAACUGACAAUCCAGUUAAAUGUGCAAUCGUGUUUAACAUGUACACCUGCCAUAAAGUAUGAUAUAACGUUGUCAAGACUGCAUGAUACACACACAGUAUAAUCUCCGCUAUAUGAUGUAUGGAAUGAUUUAUUAUGUAUUUGUAUGUACUCUUGUGCCAGACACGUGUCUGAAAAAUAAAAUGUAUUUUACAGUAUUGCCUGUUUAAAUGCCAUAUUGUCAAAGUGGUGAUCCAUCCAUCCAUUUUGUUAUAGGACUUUUUCUCAUUAGGGUCCUGUAUGAGCUGGAACCCAACCUUGAGUGGUUGCCAUUCACUCACUAGGCAACCUAUAUACCAUUAUUUACAGUCACACCUAUGUAUAAUUUAUUCAUCAGUGAACCUAAUGCAAGUAAAUUGUUGGAAUGUGGGAGGAAAUCGCUCCCACCCUUGUGCUGCCUCAAGCCAAUAGGCUGCAUAUAUGUACAGUUGUGCUCAUAAGUGUCACUAUUGGAUAGAGAGUGGACCCAAGAGCAGGCGGAGGCUGAGAGGUUGUGAUGAACAGUUUAUUGAAAGGGAAAUGGGGAUGGUCCUUGAGAUGCGCUGGCGGGUUGUUGAGGCAGAGAAUACGUGGCAGGCAGUGACAAGGGCGGGCGGCUGACUUGACGGUGAGGUGCCAGAGAUCUAUUUGACGAGGGACAUCGAGGAUACACUGAGGACAAGGAGGAACACGAAGGUCAGAAUAACAGCAAGGACUAGAGUAGCUUACUUGAAGACUGAGGAGCCGUGGUACCGCUGUAGAAGCUGCAAUACUCUGGCGAGAGUUUCCGGGAUCUGGCAGGCUUAAAUGCAGGUGAUGAUGAGGGCUGAUUGAUGACAGGUGCGUGGCCGAGGUGGUGCUGAUUACUGUGGAGAGAGAGAGAGCGAGAGGAGCGCAAAGCGCCACCCAGGCUCCAGCUAAAGGACUGCAAGUUACAGUUCAUGACUAAGUUUAAAUACCCUGGCAGAAUUUGUGAAAUACUGAUUUAAAAGUUGUUUUUUUUAAUACGAAUGAUGACUGAACAACAACCAUCAUUAAUUUCU